GGCCUUGGGACAGGGAGUGCGCGACAAGUUCUCCUCCGCGGAGUCCCUCCAGCUCAUGGUCUCGUCGCUGCGCCAUCUGAUGCCUACCGUGCUGCCCGCUGACCCGACCGCAGCUCCUCAGGACGCCCUGCGCGCGGCCGUGGUGGACGCUCACGUCUCCAAGCCGGCCGCUGGCGAGGAGGUGCCAGAGGACGCCCCACGGUGGCAGCCCGCUGCCGUGGCCUCCUCGCUGUCGCGCCUGUUCGGCUUGGCCAAGGAUGUUGGCCUCCGCGCGCAGCUGUCGGAGCUGCUCGUGGAGGUCGAGGCUAUCCAGCAGUUUGGGAACAGCGCCCGUGGCUACCUGAAGGACGCGGAGCUUCUCCCCCUCUCGCAGCGGUGGCGGCCCGACGUCCACGCCCUCGCGGCCCAGGAGCCCGCGUCGGGCGGCCCCGCUCCUGGUGCCGCUGGCGCGAAGUUCCGCGCGGUGCACGUGGCGCACCUCCUCGUGGCGCUCAACGUGCUGAGGAAGUCCGGGCUGCGGGAGCCCGACGCCGACAUGCACGUCGAGGUGCUGCAGCUCCUCGCGGACAGCUACCUGCUCCCCUCGGCACCCGGGCAGGGCCGCGGGGCCGAGGGGCGGUGCACGGUCCCGGCAGAGCUGCUGCCCGCGGUCCUCGGCCACGGCCUCUUCGUCAUGACCUGCGAGGGCAUCGACAGCGGCGUCCUGCAGGGCAUCGAGCGCGUGCUGUGCUCGCUGGCCGACAGGCUCGUCCUGGCGACGGGGCCUGGCAAGCAAGGCACCGAAGACGACGCCGCGCUGCUGCGUCUCCUGCUGACCACAGUGUCGCCGGCGCUCCGAAAGAUGCUGCGCUCUGCUCAGGAGACGGUCUACAGGGCGGCCCUUCGUAUCCUCGCGCAUUACGUCAGAGUUUUGGCCCCUCACUGCGAAGAGCUCUCCAGUCUGUACACGCCCACGGGCAGCAACGCCGCGGCACUCUUCGGAUCGAGCCCAAGUGCCGUGUUCCACUCGGAUCUCCUUCAGCUGCUUGCGAAGACGGAGCAGAGCGGCGACCAGGGGGGCGACCUCUUCGCGAACCUGCUGCACCUCCAGAAGCACCGCCGUGGCCGGGGACUGCUGCAGCUGGCGCGGGCGGCCGAGGACAGGCAGCUGACGACCAACACGCUGACGCACUUUGUGGCACCGAUCUGCCUGCAGGCGGUGCUGCAGCGCGGGGCCUCGCAGGCCGCCUUCGACCCAAACUACGCAGACGUCGCCAUCAGGUGCCUCGGUGAGUGCAUGGCCCAGGUCGCGUGGGGCACUUGCCUGCAGACCGUGCGGCUGCUGUCGGUGCUCCUCACCAAGCAGCACCUUCGCGAGAAGUGGAUCGUGCGCGCCGUCUGCGAGAGCCUGUCCCGCUUCCCGUUCCCCGAGGCGCCGCUGCCAGGGCCGGAGGCACUGGGAGGCUACACGGGCGCCGAGCCGGAGGAGCCAGGCAGCAGGUCGCAAGGCGGCGGCAUCAGGGGCGGGAGCAGCAAGGGCAAGGGCCGCUUCGCCCGCGGAGUCCGCAAGGGCAAGGGCAAGGGCAAGGGCAAGGGCAAGGGCCGGAGCGGAGGCAAAGACAAAGGCAAAGGCGACGGGGAGGGCAAGGAGCUGGCUGGCGGUGGCAGCGGCGGCGCAGCCGAGGCGGCGCCUGCGGAGGUGGAAGGGGACCAGAAGGAUGCCGACGAGCCCAGAGGCGACUCCGACGGAGAGGCGGGGGCGCAGAGGAGGGGCGCCGACGCCACAGGCGGCAAGACUUCCAUGGUGAAAUCGCUCAGGACCUGCGUGCUGCCGCUCCUGAAGAAGAUCGCAGUCCAGCGAGAGCCUGGCAAAGGUGGCCAGGUGGCCAGCGGUGGCAAGGCGGGAGGGAAGGGUGGCCGCGACGGCGCCGGGGGGCUGGUGCGCGUCGCCGUCGUCGGCGUCAUGAUGCACUGCGUGAGGCACCUGCCAGAGGCCGACUUCAGGGCAGAGCUCCCGCGGGUGGUGGGCCUCACGAUCGCGGGGCUGCAGGACCGGGACGUCGACCACCGCAGAGCGGCGAGGCAGUCUUUGUCAGGCGUCGCUGCUGUCCUCGGACCGCCCUGGCUCGGCUGGCUGCUGCAGGAACUGCGCUCCAGGCUGAACCGCGGCUUCAUGCUGCCUGUGGGUGCCGCCGCGGCGCUGGCGGCGCUGCAGGCUGUUGCUCAAGACCAGAAGAGGCCUCUGCGCAGCGGCGACCUGGACGUGGCUGUGGAUGAGGUGAUCCAGCACGCUGGAUUGGAGCUGGAUCGCACCUGCGAUGCGUCGAAGCAGGAGGCAGAGCAGGAGGAGGUGCGACCUGGUCAGGUGCCAGAGGCGAAGAAGCUCAAAGGACCCGAGAUGGUCUUGAUGGUGGCGCAGUUUAGCUCCCCCCAGCGCGCGAUGGAAGCAAUUUGGAGCCUGGAUAAGCGGCUGCUCAGUGAGCCCGAGAACCAGAUGGCGCCGACCAAGAGAAAGGGUGCACACACCUCGCUCUCUGGGCUGCCCCAGAAGUCGCUGCUGCAGCUUCGCCGCACAGAGGAGCUGAUGAUGAAGGCCGUGUCGGGCCUGUGCCUAAACGCUGCCUUCGCUGAACCGCUGCAGGUCGAGCUGACCUCGGCACUCCUGGCCGCCGCGGCGCGGGGCCUCAGGGGUGGCGGCAGAUCGGGCAGAGGCGGCGAUGGCGCGGCCAAGGCGGCGGAGCAGGCGAAAUCCGCCCCAGAGGAGGGGAGCGCGGCGGACGCUGGGGACGACGACAGCACGGCGCUGCAGCCGAACAGGUCCCGCCAGAAGCUGUUCGAGAUCCAGCAGGGAGCAGCCUCCGGCCGCGCGGGGGAUCACGCGGCCGGCUACGCGGGCGGCAGCCGCGACAAGCGGGCGGGCAGCGGCUUCGACCAGUCGCGCGCCACGAUGCUCGGGGUCCUUGGCCUUCGGCUCCUGAGGCACACGCUGACUGCGCUCAAGCGGAAGUCCACGCCGCCAGGGGCGACCACGCCGUCGGCUGCGGUCGAGGACGGCUCGGCGCCGCCUGUCGCGGCGACACACUCUGGCGUGCUGCAGGAGUUCGAGACGGCAGUCGUUCCGUGGGUCGUGGAGUGCUUCUGCUCUCGGCAGGACCGCCUCUUCGUGGCCGCAGGCCGAUGUCUGGGUCUGCUUCGCGGCUUAUACGCAACGCGCCCAGAGGUCCUCGGAGUGCACGGCGCGAGGAUCGCGAAGACCGUGCUGAAGACCUUUGAGAUCGUGGCUGGUGCCCCCGAGCUUUCGCAGCACCUGCAGGCGAAGGCGCGGGCGCGGGGGCUGGCCGACGCGGGGGCCGCCGCGACGCUCGCGGCCAGCACGAAGCUGCUCUCCGCCCUCCUCAACAGCCGGCAGUCGGUGGAGUGGUUCAAGCCGCUGGGGGAGGAGCCGGCGGCCCUCCCCGAUCUGCUGGCCGGCCAGGAGGCCGUCGCCGGGAAAGAGCAGCGGGGAGCCCUCCCGAAGCCCGUCAAGAAGAGGGGUGCGGCGGCGUCGCUGGCGCAGACGACCUUCUUCGACGUCCUGGUGACGCACAUCCGGAGCGCCAUGGAAUCGAGCUCUGAGCGCAUCUGUGUACCAGUGCAUCGACGCGAUAGGCGAGAUCAUGAUUGGUGGCUCGGACAAGCGCAUCGCGCAGCAGUGCGCGCAGAUCUACGUGGAUUUCAUGCUCGACUAUCCUCACGAGCACAAGGCGAUGCAGAAGAGGCUCUCGCACCUGCUCUGCAAUCUGGGCUUCUCGGAGGAGGGUGGCCGCCGGAACGUUCUGAAUUGCCUGUACCUGGUGGUACUGCACUUCCCGCAAGUUGAGCUCGAGAAGAACUGGGGGGCCCUGAUCUUCGUGUCGGCGGCGGCCCGGCUUCCCCAGGAGCCCGACCCGACUGCGCAUCGCAUGCUCCACGUCCUUCUGAAGGC